ACUUUUAGUGAUUUCAAAGUAUUGCAGAGGGAAAAUAGUGAGAGCAGGAGGGGCGUGGAGCGCAGGUGUUCAAGGAGGGGCGUGGAGUGCAGGUGGUCAUGGGACUUCACAGCACGCAUUUUUUUCAAGCCGAUGGCUGGGAUGUCUGGCACCCUAGAGUUUGAUGAUGUGCCUCACCGAAUGUCCACCUGUCGAGCGGCCAGGACCCUUGGAGUCCAAAAAUGAAGAGCCCAGCGGGAAAUAAUACCGUAGAGGAUGCAAUUGUCAUUGAAGUUGACGAGUCCCCUGUGGCAAUGAUUGAAGAUGCACUGCUGACAUGACUGCAAUCAAUCCGGAUGAGCCAUCGUCUUCAUCUCAACCACCUCAGUUGAAGGGCGAAGUUAGUCCGCUCCCCCAUUCCGGUUGGGUGCUUUUUACCCUUGCUUGGUUUGCUCCUGGGGUAUUGUUCCGGAGCAGUUAAGGAUCCCUUUUUCCUUGCAGAUAGAGGGCUGGACUACCUGAGUGCCAAGAUCGGCUUCAUGGAGUAUGGGAAGGAGCUCUGGAGGGCUGUUCAUCGUCUCAUAGGCAGGUCUUCCCUUGAGGAGUUGAUACAACUUCCUGGGCUCUUGGAGAGGACUGCGGCGAAUUAGAUGGCUUCGGCGAAUUAGAUGGCUUCAAGGUACCCGAGGCUUACAAACGCAAGGGAAUUAUGGAGGAACUGUCUCAAAUAGCGUGGGAGAUCCUGAAGCUGGAAGGGCUAAUUUCGCCAGUACUUUAUCCAUCCAUCGGUCCCUUACUUGACUUUUACUCAGAUCAACCCUCGAUCUUUGGUUAUGCCGAAGGUCUUUUGGAGAAGUUGAAGAGUGAUCCAGCAUAUCGGGAAGGCUUUCAUCUGACUCUCGAGGGCCAUUCAUUGAAGGAAGGAGAGUACGCUGCUCUUGCGGGGAUUUCACUACGAGACAACGAGGCUGGUAUGCUCGUUCUCCGACGUCUUAUUACCCAGACAGAGGCUUUAUUGUCCCAGGUCCGUGAGGAAAUGGGUGACUCCCCACUGACUAAGUUGGAGUCUGGCGCCUUCCCUUUGUUAGCAAGGCAAGCAGUCUUUCUCAAGGCAGCCGAACUGCAGGAUAGGCUGGCAAUUAGGCAACCCGUAUCCGUCGGGAUCGGUGCCCACAAGGAGUGAUUGGCGGAUCAUCCUUGCCUACUUUUGCCCUCGCCGCCAGUGCUGAUCAAGACUCUAGCCUUUGUUUAGUUUUGUUUGGUUCCUUUCUUAUUGUGCAUGUUUGUUCCUUAGAAAUGGGCUUUGAGAUUGUGAGCCUUCAGCUUGUAACCGCUACUUUGCGAUGGAAUGAAAGCCUUUUUCUUCUUGUUUCAA